AUGAUGACAUCCUUUUUUUUCUUGUUUGUCAAAAUAAAAAAAUCUAUUUUUUCACGGCAUGCCCGAAGUGUUUUCCUCGUUUUUUUCAUAGUAGAAUAAAAUUUCAAUCUUUUUAAGUAAUUUUUAUUUUGCGGAGCUACCUUUUAUUCUUACUAACUACUCCUAAUAUUUUAAUUCUAUAAUCUAAUCGAUGAACAUGGUUCAUUGGUGUGAAUAACUUUCGGCAUUAAAUUUUACUUCUUUUAGAAUUUUGCGUUGAAAUUAGCUUUGUGUUUCAAUUUUCUUUCUCCCUUUUGAAUGGAACGUCGCGUUGGGAACAAGUUUCGUGUUGGUCGUAAGAUCGGUAGUGGUUCCUUUGGAGAGAUCUAUUUAGGUACUAACAUUCAAACUAAUGAAGAUGUUGCAAUUAAGUUUGAAAAUGUCAAGACAAAGAAUCCUCAGUUGCUGUAUGAGUCCAAGUUGUACAGAAUACUGCAGGGAGAGCCUGGGAUUCCAUCUAUUAAAUGGUUUGGAGUGGAAGGAGAUUACAAUGUUCUAGUAAUGGAUCUUCUUGGACCUAGUCUCGAAGAUAUGUUUAACUUCUGUAAUAGAAAGCUCUCGCUAAAAACAGUUCUCAUGCUUGCUGAGCAAAUGAUCAAACGUGUUGAGUUUGUUCAUUCUAAAUCGUUUCUCCAUCGGGAUAUCAAACCAGAUAAUUUCCUCAUGGGCGUGGGAAAACGGGAAAACCAGGUUUACUGUAUUGAUUUUGGUUUAGCGAAGAAAUAUAGAGAUAGUUCAACCCAUCAACACAUUCCUUACAGGGAAAAUAAGAAUUUGACUGGAACUGCAAGAUAUGCUAGCAUGAAUACCCACCUUGGCAUUGAGCAAAGUCGAAGAGAUGAUUUAGAGUCCGUUGGUUAUGUCUUGAUGUACUUCCUGAGAGGAAGUCUCCCUUGGCAAGGACUUCAAGCACGAACCAAGAGAGAAAAGUACGAGAAAAUCCGUGAUAAGAAGGUUUCUACCUCGAUUGAGGCCUUGUGUCGAGGCUAUCCAACAGAAUUUGCAUCAUACUUCCAUUAUUGCCGGUCAUUGAGGUUUGAUGAUAGGCCAGAUUAUGCUUACCUCAAAAGAAUAUUUCGCGACCUGUUUAUUCGUGAAGGAUUUCAGUCUGAUUACGUCUUUGAUUGGACUAUCUUGAAGUAUGAGGAAUCACAGCGAGUCACUCCUCCGGCACGUCCUAUGGGGCCUGGUGCUGGAACUAGUUCUGGAAUGCCUCUUGCUAUGGCUAAUGCUAAUAGACACACAGGAAGGGAAGAAGGGCGUCCUCCUGGUAUGGCUUCAGUAGACAAUUCAAGGCGAAGAAUGUCGGGACCCAUUUUAAAUUCUGUAAAUAAUUCAAAGCAGAAAAAUCCAAUCUCUAAUAUGUUAUCAGCUGCCACCAAUGUCUUGGGUGAGUCAAGUGUGUCAAGGCGAGUUGGUGUUAGUAGUAGCCGCAAUGCAUUUGGUGGCGCUGAUUCGGAUCUUCGUGCUCGUGCCACUGAAUCUAACCGUGGAAAAUCAAACAUAAAUUCAACUGGACAAAGAAGUUCGCAAAUUGGAUCUUCGGAUCCAAACAGAGUAGCACCAUCUUCUAAACAUGGUUCUUCUCAUGUCAAGAAUUAUGAAAAUACAGUCAAGGGCAUUGAGGGUCUGAAAUUAUAAAAUAUUGAUUCUCAUUAAUAAUUUCUUCCCAUUUUAUCUUGUACAUAAAAAUUUGGGUUAACCUGCACUGCAACGGUUGCUUGUCGUUGCUAAUGAGCAACUGUUGCAGUGCCGGUAUGAACGCGGAUAUUUCGUCUUCUAUCUUUGACUCAUCUGCUCAUAGUGUGAUAAAGCUGAGAACCAAAAAGAAUAUGAAUUAAAUCAUAGAUUCUUUAUGUAAAGCUUAGGUAUAAAUUGUCACACUUAUUUUUUUGGCGGGAACCCCUAAAUUUUGUAACCUUUUUCUUUGAGCAA